AUUCAUUUUUUCUUUUGUUAUAAAUAAAAAGAGGAAAGAAGUAAGAUUCAUUAGAUUGUGGAGGAGGAGUGUGCUGGGAGGAGAUCUCUGAUAUUUGCUGCUUUGUGUUUUUCAAUGCUUCGAAACGGUACUAGAGGAAGUUCGGUGGGGUCCAACUGAAGAUUCUGUCUGUUAGGGUUGUUCAAAGGGAUAUAUGUAUUAAUAGGUGUAUAACUCCCUCAGUGUAGAAUUUUUCUUCGGUUUUAAGCAUAGGAAAAUUUGGCUACUAUUUCGAUUGAGUAUCCUCUUGUUCGAAGCCAUUGAUUUUGGUUUAAGCAUGGGGUUGAACUCACUCUCGUCUUCAUAAACAUACUGAAUUUUGGGUUCACUGGAUUGAAUUUUGUUGUGGAGUGUUCGAGUUUGGAAUUUCUCCACUUCUAGAAUCAGUUUCCUGGGUCCCUAAUUGGUGAUUACUUUCCGUGUGAGUUGCAAAUGACCCAUUCACUAUGAGUGGGCUUGGUUGGGAUCGAUUUCGAUGGGCACUCCAGAUAAGAAACUGUCCGAGUUAGUUGACAUAGUGAGGUCCUGGAUCCCUCGGAAGUCUGAGCCGGCGAAUGUGUCUAGGGAUUUUUGGAUGCCCGAUCAGAGCUGCCGGGUAUGCUACGAGUGUGAUUCACAGUUCACAGUAUUUAAUCGUAGACAUCACUGUCGACUUUGUGGCCGAGUUUUCUGCGCCAAGUGUACAGCAAACUCUAUUCCUGCCCUCUCCAAUGAGCCCAGUAGUCCCAGGACUGGCCGGGAAGAUGGUGAGAGAAUCAGGGUGUGUAGUUAUUGCUACAAACAAUGGGAGCAGGGGAUACCAGUGGGUGAUAAUGGGACUGGUGCACCCAGCCCUGGCCUUAGUCCAUCACCAUCUGCAGUGAGCUUGGCCAGCACCAAGUCCAGUUGCACCGGCCAAAGUAGCAGUAGCACUGCUGGUUCAACACCUUACUCAACUGGUCCUUACCAACAUGUACCAUGUGGUUCCAGCCUUAGCCCUUGUCAAUCUUCCCCAAUGGAUUCAGUGACAGAGCAGGAAGAGAACAUGGCAUCUCAGAGGAGCACAAAUCUUAACACAGUUAUGGAAGAUUCAUUGCCCAAGCAAUACAGCUUUUGCGGUAACAGGAGUGAUGAGGAGGAUGAAUAUGGCGCUUAUCAUUCAGAUUCAGAAACAAGACAUUUCUCUCCUGUUGAUGGCUACUAUAGUGCUGUUGGUAUUGAUGACAUUGACCAGGUUUAUGGCUCACAUGACUUGCAUUCUGACGAAGAAAAUGUUGAUGUUAAAAGUUUGGCCUACUCACCUUUCCCUGAGAAUUAUGAUGCACAAGGUGUUGCAGAAACAAGAGUAGGGGAUGAAGCUGAUGAACGCAGAAAGAGUGAAGAACAUGAAUCUCCUUCAUAUGAUGAGGAGAGCAAAAAUGCUGAGCCUGUAGACUUUGAGAACAAUGGACUGCUUUGGCUCCCUCCAGAGCCAGAGGAUGAAGAAGAUGAGAGAGAAGCUGUCUUAUUUGAUGAUGAUGAGGAGGAGGGUGGUGUUACAGGUGAGUGGGGAUACUUGCACUCUUCAAACAGUUUUGGUAGUGGGGAGUAUCGAAGUAGAGAGAAGUCAGGUGAGGAGCACAGAAAUGCCAUGAAGAAUGUGGUGGAGGGACAUUUUAGAGCUUUGGUAGCUCAGCUUUUGCAGGUUGAAAACCUGCCUGUUGGUGAUGAUGAUGACAAAGAAAGCUGGUUGGAGAUAAUUACAUCGUUGUCAUGGGAAGCUGCCACUCUUCUUAAGCCAGAUAUGAGCAAAGGCGGAGGAAUGGAUCCUGGUGGAUAUGUGAAGAUUAAAUGCAUAGCUUGCGGAUGUCGCAGUGAGAGUAUGGUGGUUAAAGGAGUUGUUUGUAAGAAAAAUGUGGCUCAUCGGCGAAUGACAACAAGGAUAGAAAAACCACGUUUUCUUAUGCUUGGAGGAGCUUUGGAAUAUCAGCGUGUUUCUAACCACUUGUCCAGUUUUGAUACUUUGUUGCAGCAGGAAAUGGACCAUUUGAAGAUGGCAGUUGCUAAGAUUGAUGCUCAUCAUCCUGAUGUUCUUUUGGUAGAGAAGUCAGUAUCACGUUAUGCUCAAGACUAUCUUCUUGCAAAAAAUAUAUCACUUGUUCUGAAUAUCAAGAGGCCACUUUUAGAGCGUAUAGCCCGAUGCACUGGGGCACAAAUAGUCUCUUCCAUUGAUCAUCUCACAUCACCAAAACUGGGUUAUUGUGAUGUGUUCCACGUGGACAAACUUCUUGAAGAGCAUGGCAGUGCUGGCCAAGGUGGAAGGAAGCUAACAAAGACUCUAAUGUUCUUUGAGGGAUGCCCUAAACCACUGGGCUGUACGAUUCUACUUAAAGGUGCCAGUGGGGAUGAGUUAAAGAAGGUGAAACAUGUUGUUCAAUAUGGAGUUUUUGCAGCUUAUCACUUGGCCCUUGAGACAUCAUUUCUGGCCGAUGAAGGUGCUUCACUUCCGGAGUUUCCUCUGAGAUCUCCGAUUACUGUUGCAUUACCUGAUAAACCAUCAGGUAUUGACAGGUCCAUUUCUACCGUAGCCGGGUUUAGAGCUCCAGCAACUAGAAAGUAUUUGGGUCCUGAAGCUGAUAAUGAAAUAGAGAAAUUAAAAAUAGGCGUCAUUUUAGAUAGGGAUUUAUCUACCAACCAUGACCCAAUUUUGAAACCGGAUGCAGAUAAUUUCUCUUGCUUUGUAGCUCCCCAAUAUUCCCCACACUCUGUAGCAUCUACUACAUCAUUGCCCCCUUUGGGACAUGAUAGUUCGGCUUGGUCGCGUGAUCAACUUUUUUCAGUUGAUAUCUCCAAGGAUGCCAAUAGUUUGGGUCCUGAAUUUCAGGCCAAAACAACUAACUACGAGAAAUCCUUAGAGGAUUCUAGUUUGGUUUUUAAUUCUCUUGGUGAUUCUGAAUCAUUUGAAGAAGUUAAUGGCACCAGACAUGCAGAUGGAAACGCAUCAAUUGCAAAUUACCCAAGUACUCUUGAGGUGGCAUCCAUAAGACAAAUUGAUAAUGAUAUAAAUGAGGAGGUGAGAUCUUCGAAGGAAGAGUUUCCUCCCUCGCCUUCAGACCAUCAAAGCAUUUUGGUAUCCUUAUCAACACGAUGUGUGUGGAAGGGAACUGUGUGUGAACGAGCCCAUCUUUUUCGAAUUAAAUACUAUGGCAACUUUGAUAAGCCAUUGGGGCGUUUUUUACGUGACCACUUGUUUGAUCAGAGUUACCAGUGUCGCUCAUGUGGUAUGCCAUCAGAAGCACAUGUUUAUUGUUAUACUCAUAGACAAGGGAGCCUUACAAUUUCUGUUAAGAAAUUCCCAGAGUUCCUUCUACCUGGGGAAAAGGAAGGUAAAAUCUGGAUGUGGCACCGGUGCUUGAGGUGUCCUCGAACCAAUGGCUUCCCUCCAGCUACUCGCAGAGUAGUAAUGUCUGAUGCUGCAUGGGGUUUAUCUUUUGGAAAAUUUCUGGAGCUGAGCUUUUCAAAUCAUGCAGCAGCCAGCAGAGUUGCCAGCUGUGGCCAUUCCCUUCACAGAGACUGUCUCCGAUUUUAUGGUUUUGGGACAAUGGUCGCUUGCUUUCGGUAUGCAUCAAUUGAUGUGCUUUCUGUUUAUCUUCCACCCCCAAAACUUGAAUUUUACUAUGAUGAUCAGGAGUGGGUACAAAAAGAAGCAAAUGAGGUACGUAGGCAGGUAGAUCUCCUAUUUAAUGAAGUGCAGAAUGCUUUUCAUCUGGUUUUACAGAACAUCUCAGGCAUGGGAGUACAGGAUGCCAGCAUGAGAGAAUCAAAACAGCAAAUUGCUGAACUGGGUAAAAUGCUACAAAAGGAUAAAGAAGAAUUUCAGGAAUCAUUAGAAAAAGCAUUGUGCAAUGAAGUAAAAUCUGGCCGGCCUGCAAUUGAUAUACUAGAAAUCAAUAAAUUGCGUAGACAGAUACUCAUCAAUUCUUAUGCUUGGGAUCAACGUUUGAUAUAUGCAGCCAGUUUUAAUAACAAUUGUCUUCGGGAAAGUUUGAGCAGUUCCAUCCCAAAAUUCAAGGAGAAAUCUGUCAGUUCUUUGGAGAAGGUUACCGAGAUGAAUGUAACCGCAAAGUCAGUCAAAGACUUUAGUAUCUGUGAUUCCCCUCUUUUGGAAACAAAGUCUGAUGUAAAUUUUAGUUAUCAAGGGAAUUCUGUACAAAUUUACGAGCAGGGUGCUGGUGUGCAGAACAGAAAUGAAAUUGUCUUGGCCCAAACUUAUAGGGGUGAGGAUGAGGUUUGUCUUUCUUCUGGUGCAGAUACCAAUAAUAAAUCUGAUCCUUUGGAAACUGGAAAGCAAGUUAGGAGGACCCAUUCAGAUGGGGAAUAUCCAGUAGUGGCAGAUUUAUCUGAUACUCUUGAUGCUGCAUGGACUGGUGAAUAUCCAACUAGUGUAACACCAAAAGAGGAUAGCUCUUCUUCUCCUUCUGAUUUAACUUUGGUAAAUACAGUCUCGGAAAAUAAAAAACUAGAAAAUUUCACAUUUGACCAAGGUAAGGUUGAGGCAAUUCGUUCUGUUGGCUCUGCCGUAUCUUUCAAAGGGCUUGAAAAUGUAGAAUACUCCACAAGCUUGGGAAGCACUUUUCUGAACCGCAAUAUUUUAAUCGACAAGAAUUUAUUGGGUUCUCAAAAGCUUUGCAGCGGUGAAUAUCAUCCUGUCUACAUUUCACUGGUUCGAGAAUUGGAACGGAAAAAUGGUGCAAGGCUUCUUCUGCCUGCUGGUGUUGAUGGAAUUGUUGUCCCUGUUUAUGAUGACGAACCCACUAGUAUCAUAGCACACACACUUAUUUCAUCAGAGUAUCUUUCGAAGGUGUCUGAAUCUGAGAAGCUUAAAGAUGCCGGAGAUAGUUCAGUCUCUUUACCACUUUUUGAUUCACUUAACCUGUUAUCACUCAACUCUUUUGAUGAGUCAGUUGCUGAGAGCUACAGAAGUUUUGGCUCUAGUGAGGAAAGCAUCUUAUCCACAUCUGGGUCACGUAGCUCUCAGGUUGUGGACCCAGUGCUUUAUUCAAAGGACUUGCAUAUUAGAAUUUCGUUUACAGAUCAUGGCACCCUUGGGAUAAUGAAGUAUACAGUUACUUGUUACUAUGCGAAAUGCUUUGAGGCUCUAAGGAGGAUAUGUUGCCCUUCUGAAAUUGAUUUUGUGCGUUCUCUUAGUCGCUGUAAGAAGUGGGGUGCCCAGGGUGGCAAAAGCAAUGUUUUCUUCGCAAAGACCUUGGAUGAUCGAUUUAUUAUUAAGCAGGUUACGAAGACAGAGCUCGAGUCUUUUAUAAAGUUUGGACCAGCUUAUUUUAAGUAUUUGUCUGAGUCAAUUAGUACUGGAAGUCCAACUUGUUUGGCAAAGAUUCUUGGCAUUUAUCAGGUUUCAUCAAAGCAUGUCAAAGGAGGGAAAGAGACUAAGAUGGAUGUUUUGGUAAUGGAAAAUCUUUUAUUUAGGCGUAAUGUUACAAGACUAUAUGACCUUAAAGGGUCUUCGCGAUCACGUUAUAAUUCGGAUACAAGUGGGAGCAAUAAAGUGCUGUUGGAUCAGAAUCUGAUUGAAGCAAUGCCAACUUCUCCAAUUUUUGUGGGGAAUAAGGCGAAGAGACUGCUAGAGAGAGCAGUCUGGAACGACACUUCAUUCCUAGCAUCAAUUGAUGUAAUGGACUACUCUCUAUUAGUUGGUGUGGAUGAGGAAAAGCACGAGCUCGUUCUGGGGAUCAUUGAUUUUAUGAGGCAAUAUACAUGGGACAAGCACCUUGAAACUUGGGUGAAAACCUCGGGAUUCCUUGGUGGACCUAAGAACACAUCUCCUACUGUGAUUUCACCUCAGCAGUACAAGAAACGAUUCAGGAAAGCUAUGACAACUUAUUUUCUCAUGGUGCCAGAUCAGUGGUUCCCCCCAACAAAUGUUCUAAGUGGGUCUCGGUCUGAUCUUUGUGAAGAAAAUGCGGAAGGUGGGACCUUAGAUUGAUAAGGUGGAGUUCUUUUGCCUGUACAUGAUGUAAGUUACGAAUUAUUUUCCUUCUACUUGAAUGAGUUUAUUUAUUUUAUUUUUUAUUAUAAAAUCAAUUUCCCUAUAUCCGUUUUCACCCCCCUUUUUUUUUUCCUUUUUUACCAUGUAGUUUUCUUGUGACAUUUUUAUAUCCAUAUACUUUUUCCCCCGUCAUGUGAAGAGGGGGAAGAUGCAAAGAAAAUUAUCAGUAGGGAAUAGUGCUGGAUGGCGUUUUUUCAGAGUAAAUGUAUCAUAAACAUAAAAUUUCGUUUUUGGGAAUAGUUUCUUUUUCCUUCCCUUUCU